AUGGCACGGAAUCGAUUAGCCGGGCAGCCGAUCGCUUCGAACGUUUUGGGCUUUAUAUUGAUUGUUGAUCGAACGAUCGUAUACACCGUUUCGACGAUCGUUCGCUGGGCCACGGAGCUCUACAGUGGGUUGGAAUACCUUGAGGCGAACAAAGUCGUCCACCACGACAUCAAGCCGGAAAACAUCUUGAUGGGGGAUCGUUACUUGACCAAAAUUGCCGAUUUUGGCGUGAUGCGGAAAGUGGACGAGCCAUUGUCCGGGAUCCGCGGCACGCCUAGAUACAUUGCCCCAGAAAUCCUGCAAGAAACUGAAAUCCCGCGAGAGCACGCUUUUAAAUGUGACGUCUACUCUAUGGGCAUAACGCUGCUGGAAGUGCAGGAGCGUGGAUCACGUAGAUUCACAAAAACGAAGAAUACGAUCCGUUACGACUCGGAAAGCCCAGCGGAGAAACUAUCUGAGAUUCGCAGGCGAAGCUUGGCGAGCGCAUUCGAAGAGCGACCAUCUGCUUCUGAGAUGCGCCGCCUCUAUGAGGCGUUGAAGUUCCGCUACGAUUGGUUGCCGAUAAAAGCGCCAAGUAACAUGGACUUGGUAAAGCCGAUCGGCCUCGAUGGGACGGCUAGUGAGGCUUUGGUCGUUCCAGCCUCCUGGCCAAUCCCACCCGCAGGGACGACAGGAUCUAGCCAAGAAACCGAAGUUGUACGAGAACCGAGAAUGAGAACAAAUUUCCCAAAGCUGCGCCGAUGGAUACAGGCGGCGCAGAGCCACACCGACUUCGACGACAUUAUUGCGACGUAUUUUCGCAAGAUCCGAGUCUGGGAUGAAGAGCGCACGAAUUCAAAAAUCAUCUAUCGACAACCAUUCCGCAUCCGUGGCCUCGAGCGCACAAAGAUAAAUGAAUUGCGCCGCGUUCAGGUGCAGCGCCUGGUUGAGGGUCUGGGCCCCGAAGGUUUGCCUGAAUCCAACGCCUACCCAGGAACGGCGCUCUACAGGGAUUGCCGGAUCGAUGAUGAGGUUUGGGACGACGCCGCGUUGGAAAAGAGGCUUCGCACCGGCGAAGCGUCAAAGAUAAGCCAAACGUUUGCCUCGCUGUAUGACGAAGAACGAAACAUACUUGGUAUUUCAGCGUCUGCGUCCAUGGCUGGAGCAAGAGGUUGCCCCGGGAGCUCCAAGGUGCCCAACCGGAUCGGGAACCCAUUGUCGGCACCCCGGUGCUUGACCGGCUUGAUUGAGCCGUUCGGGAUGAGCACGGGAAGGAAUUCCCGCUUCGGCCCAUCGGAUCCGCAUGGCUUACUACACCGUUUCUAUUGGAAGCCCUAUCCGAUGUUGCAUGAGGCAGUACUGCGUGGGGUAGGCGAAAUUCAUGCAUGGAACAGUUGGGCACCGCCCGGUUCUAUUUACGAUUUCUUGUAUGGUACUGCAUUCGACAACUUGCUAAAGCUACAUACUUCUAUCAGGGACAGCUGCCUCCAUUUUGCCUUUAUCGCUUUGCUCGACCCAGACAGCGGUUGUCGCGGGCGCCUUCAAGACCAAAUUGUGCUGCUCAAAACGGCUAGGCACAACAUCGAGCAACUGCAACUGCUAUUUGUUGACGAACCUUUGCUGAUCACCUGUUCUUUACCGGAAAAUUUUCAUCACUGGUACAGCUUUGGCCAAAUGAUGAUUAGAACGGAUUGCGCCGUGAUCCGACCCGAUUGCCCAGAAAAGCGCGAGGACCCCUUUGACUACAGGCGAUUGGAUUUCGAAACCGUGCGCCGCGCAAUUGUUGAAAAGAUACGCACGCUGAAUAAUUUCAUGGAGUGGCCGACGGUCGAAGGUUUCACGAACGCAAAUUUUUGUUGUGGCAUCAGAUAUGAGCAUUUGAUCGAGCGCCUACGAGAUGUGCCAUAUCAGUACAUCUUCGACCCAAACUAUCCGCCACUUCUUGAAUGUCCGCAACCCGAAUGCAAAAAGCCGUUCGAGUCGAGCACUGGGCCCAGACGAAUUCGCUUGGAUGAAGAAUAUUGUAUUCACAUCACCCAGGCCAACCGCAAUACACGAGAGCGAGACUUUGUCGACAGCCACUCGUUCUAUGAACGUGGUUUUCGUUAUCUGCAAAACUGGAAAUUAGCUGAUUGGAUGCCGUCGCAGACUUUCCUGCUGCGAAAGCUUCUUGAUGAGGCUGAGACGUGGGGAGACAGAAUGCAGACUUAUGCCAUCUACGUGGUCGGGGAUGAGAACGAGAUGGGCGCAUUCAUGGUGCUCACCGAGCACCCAGAACCUUGCUUUUCUCGCGCCGCGCUCGUUGGCAAGGAUUUUCAAAAGCUCAGGCUGCAUGGCGGUAUCUGGGAAGCUCGUGCGGAUGCUUGUUGGGACUCAACCGCGAACCAGGAAGUUCUGAUGGGAUGCUUUUUUGGUGUUACGAUGAUCGACUUCGAUGACCUCUUGCCCUUGCUCCGAUUGAUGAUGAAAAGAGCAGAGGUUUUGCUCGAAAUGUUUGAUGUUGGGCCAGAACCACCUGAACAUCUAGUAGCGACAGAACUGGACCAAGAAGCCCAGCUAGAGUAUGAACUAGAAAUUCAGACGGCCCUCGACAAGUUUUGGUCGGAACGCCUGAUUUUAUCGGAAAACUACGACGAAUACAUCAUCGCAGAAAGAAAUGCUCGGGAGGCAGCCGAUCGACUUGAGCAAGAGCACCAUCCCGCGCAGCCCUUUCACCUAUCGAGAACUGCGCUUCAUCUAGGGGAUGGCUUCAACAGGCUACAACCGCACAAUCUCAAAAAUACGGAG